AACCCCUGGGCGCUCCGGCUCGCCAUGGUGCCGCUGGUUGCGCUGGUCUGCUGUCUGCUGUCUGCCUGCUGCGGCCGCCCCAGCCUCGCGCUGCCCCUGGAGCCCAGCGGCUGGGGGCGCCCUCCGGCGGUGGGACAAUUUUGGCAUGUGACAGACUUACACUUAGACCCUACUUACCACAUCACGGACGACCACACCAAAGUGUGUUCUUCCUCCAAAGGUGCAAAUGCCUCCAAUCCUGGCCCUUUUGGAGAUGUUCUGUGUGAUUCUCCAUAUCAACUGAUUUUGUCAGCAUUUGACUUUAUUAAAAAUUCAGGACAAAAAGCAUCUUUCAUGAUAUGGACAGGGGAUAGCCCACCUCAUGUUCCGGUAACUGAACUCUCAACAGAAAUUGUUAUAAAUGUGCUUACCAAUCUGACAACCACCAUUCAGAGCCUCUUCCCAAAUCUCCAGGUUUUCCCUGCACUCGGCAAUCAUGACUACUGGCCAGAGGAUCAACUGCCUGUCGACACCAAUGACGUGUACAAUGCGGUAGCAAACCUCUGGAAACCGUGGCUGGCUGAAGAAGCGCUUCGUACUCUGAGGGCGGGUGGCUUUUAUUCUCAGAAAGUGGCAGCUAUUCCGAACCUUAGGAUUAUCAGCCUAAAUACAAUCUUGUACUACAGCCCAAAUAUCAUGACCCUGGACAAGACUGACCCAGCAAAUCAGUUUGAAUGGCUGGAAAGUACACUGAACAGCUCUCAGCAAAACAAAGAGCAGGUGUACAUCAUAGCUCACGUCCCAGUGGGGUAUUUGCCUCAAGUAAAGAACACCACGGCAAUUAGAGAAGCCUAUAAUGAGAAACUGAUAAAUAUUUUUAGAAAAUACAGUGAUGUUAUCGCAGGACAGUUUUAUGGACACACUCACAGAGACAGCAUCAUGGUUCUUUCGGAUACACAAGGAAGUCCAGUAAAUUCUUUGUUUGUGGCUCCUGCUGUUACACCGGUGAAGAACGUUAAAGAAAAGCAGACCAAUAAUCCUGGUGUCAGACUAUAUCAGUACGAUCCUUAUAAUUAUAAAUUGCUGGAUAUGUUGCAGUACUACUUGAACUUGACUGAGGCAAAUCUACAGGGCAAGUCCAACUGGAAGCUGGAGUAUAUCCUGACCCAAUCUUAUGGAAUCAAAGAUUUGCAGCCAGAAAGUUUAUAUGGGUUAGCUAAACAGCUUGCAAUCCUAGACAGUAAACAGUUUAUAAAAUACUACAAUUACUACUUUGUGAGCUAUGACAGCAGUGUAAUUUGUGAUGAUACAUGUAAGGCCUUUCAAAUUUGUGCAAUUAUGAAUCUUGAUUAUACUUCCUAUGUAAAUUGCCUCAAACAAUAUUAUAUAAGUCAAAAUCACUAGUAUUUCACAGGUCAUGUUCAUAGAAAAUGAAAUUGUAACAUUGCUCUGUUUCUGAGAUAAGUUUGUGGAAAUUUUAUGUAAAUCUUUGUAAAUUGCUGAGUUGGCAAACAGAAUUCUUAUCUUUAUUUUUGUGAAGUCUAAAUGUAGGUAUUUUUAACAUUCUAAAUUUUUAUCAUAGUGAAUGUAUUGAA